AUGGCUGUCACAGUUCGACCAGCCACUGAGGCAGACCUGCCCCAGGUCCGGGCCAUUUUUGAGCAUUAUGUUCUGAAUACCAUCGUAUCAUUCAUGGUCCAGCGGCCACCCCCGGAUUAUAUUGAGCAACGCUUUCAAGAAAUCGCUUCCCGCAACCUUCCAUACUUAGUGGCCGUCGGUGACGGAGGUCAAGUGGUCGGAUACACCUAUGCGGCCGCGUUUCGUGGUUAUAUGCUAGGUUAUGGGCACACUGUUGAGAUCAGCCUCUUCUGCCAUCCGCAGCAUACGAACAAGGGUGUUGGUAGCCAGAUGAUUCAACAGCUGCUCCAAAUGCUUCGAACCACAAAACAUGCCACCAAGGAGGUUGGACACGAAGACAAUGUGGUAGAGUUUGACAUCAAAAAGGUCAUUGCAGUCAUGUCGGUUGACGAGAGCGCUCCGAACAGCGGGUUGGCACUUCGAGACUGGUAUUUGAGAUGGGGAUUUGAAGAAGUAGGUAGGUUGAAGGGGGUCGGUUCCAAGAAUGGACAGAUGUAG